GGGUGGCGAGAACCGGAGAGCCAAAAUCAUCCACUAAAACAACACCAGUGGCCUUGCCUCCCGUUCUCCUACUCGCAAGAUGCCAUUGCCGGCGUUCAUUUCAUUCCCUACGCUUGUUCAUUCUCCUCUCCGAAUUAACCAGCCGUUUCUUUGCGCAUAUUCUGGUUUCAGGCCGAGAAUCUCCUCGUCAACUUCCUCCUCGGUUUCGAUUUCUCUUCCUGAUAAUCGUGUGGUUCUUGGUGUUGGUUCUGCAACUGUUGAUUUUUUGGCGGCAGUGGCUUCUUAUCCAAAUCCUGACGACAAAAUUAGAACCACGAGCUUAAAGGUUCAAGGUGGAGGAAAUGUAGGGAAUGCUUUAACUUCUGCAGCUCGGUUGGGUUUAACACCAAGGAUAAUUUCCAAGGUUGCAGAUGAUAGUCAAGGAAGGAGUAUAGUUGAGGAGCUAGAAGCUGAUGGCAUAGAUACAUCUUUUCUUGUAGUUGCUGAAGGGGGUGUUUCACCCUUUACCUAUAUUAUUGUGGAUAAUAAAACGCACACUCGUACAUGCAUACACACACCAGGAUCUCCUCCCAUGGUGCCAGAUGACCUUUCCCGAUCAAGCUUGUUGUCAGCCUUAGAUGGGGCUAAAAUUGUAUAUUUUGACGUAAGAUUGCAUGAAACUGCUUUGCUUGUUGCAGAAGAGGCAGCUCAGCAAAAUAUUCCUAUCUUGAUCGAUGCAGAAAGGAAAAGGGAAGGUCUGGAUGAGCUUCUGGCAUUUGCCAGUUAUGUUGUCUGCUCAACAGGUUUUCCUCAGGAAUGGACAGAGGCACCAUCGAUUCCAUCUGCACUUGUUUCCAUGCUUUUGCGACUUCCAAAACUCAAAUUUGUGAUUGUCACCUUGGGUGAAGAAGGAUGCAUAAUGCUCGAAAGAAGUACUAAUGAAACACCUGAUCAGAUAGAAGAGUUUGAAGUAGACAACUUACUAGAAGUGAUCAAAGGCAGAAAGGAUGAGAAUAUAAAUGUCCCAACUUCUGUUUCAUCGCCAGUGGUCAGGUUGAGGGCUGAGGGGAUAGGGACAGUUUGUGGCAGGCUGUUGCUCGGAACAGCUGAAAAAAUACCAGCGUCUGAGAUUGUUGAUACGACUGGUGCUGGAGAUGCAUUCAUUGGAGCAGUUCUUUAUGCCUUAUGUGCCAACAUGCCACCUCAGAAGUUAUUGCCAUUUUCCUCCCUGGUGGCUGCUGGAUGUUGUCGUGCUUUGGGUGCACGAAGCGGUCUUCCAUAUCGUACGGAUCCACGCCUGGCAUCAUUCUUACAUUAGAUAUUCCCAUUGGAUCAUCAUUAACUCAAAUGUGAAUCUAUGUUCUCAGCCCACUCCAUUAACUCGUUACCUUCUGUCGAAAUGUACUUCAGCCCAAACCAAGAAUUUUAAUUCAAAAUAGCAGCACCAUUGAGCUUGGUUCCA